CGAAAUCGGCGGUUGUGCAGCUAUGGACGCAGGAGGUGCCUCGAUGUUCGAAACUCCUGAUGUUUGAGUCUGCUUUUUAAUGUACUUAUUUGCCACCACGACCCGCAGCACUGAAUGUACAACUACCCUUGAAAUUGUACCCACUUAUUGUCUUUCUCUUUGUAUUUUUCUUCGUGACCACUUCCACGCGAAAUUUUGGUGGGCACUAAGACCUACUUUUACCUCUUGUUUUCUGUCGUUGUUGAAGUCGUAAUGUUGUCUCAUGUUUGUUCUAGUCCUCCACCUCCUCCAGCCCAACAACACUCCAUCACCUUUGUUCGUGCAUCUAUAGCCUGUAGUUGAGGAGGCUCUACUCGCACCGUAGUAGUGAACGCUGCUUUAUUAUAUAUUUGGAACUGGAAGUACUAGAGUAGACCGAGAACGAGAUAGAAGACGCAAUAAAGUACACCUACUUACUGGGAAGUGAAGUUGUAGACGCUCUUGCAGUGGAAAUUUGAGGCCAAAGUAAAAACACCAGUAAAGACAAGAUGAUGGAAUCUAACCCGCAGUACGAGAACGAGCCCAUUGCCGGUACUACUAAACUCCAGUGCUGUUUUUCAUUUUGUCAUGCAGAAUUGGAAUUGCAUUUGCAUUUGCAAUUCCAAUUGUAACAGCAUGGAUUGAAACUAAUGAGAAAGUGGAACUUCUCGAAGCAUAACAAAAACCCAUCAAAACAGGUUCCGCCGACGUUCUGACAGAUAAAAUGGACACGGCGGUCCGGCACGGUUUCGUCCGGAAGGUGUUCAGUAUCGUGGGCGUCCAGCUGCUAAUCACGAGCGCAAUCGCCUUCCCCUUCGUGGCCUACCACGAAUCCGCGAAGAUAUUUAUCCAGCAAAACCAGGCCCUUCUGACGAUCGCUAUGCUGAUCCCCAUCAUUCUGAUUUGCUACAGGUACAAGAACUAAUGGAAUGAUGUGCUUGUGCAUUUACACAUCAUCACUAACAGCCAUCCUCAAGAACAUGCACAUGCUCUCCUAUUGGAUUGGUAUAGUGCAAUACACAUGACUCUGAGAAGUGAAUCUUCGAAUCGCCGACAAUUUUAAUUCUUGCCAGGGAAAAAACAGACACAAGGAUCGAAAUUUCUAAUACACAAAAAAAUCAGCUUCUGCGACCCGUCCGUCACGCGUGAAUACCCGAAAAACUACUUCUUUCUGCUCAUGAUCACGCUCGCGUUCGGCCUCAUCGUUGGCGUCACGUGCUCGAUGUACACAACCGCUUCCGUGUUGGCCGCGGCAGGGAUCACGGCGUGCAUCACCUUGAGUCUGAUCGGCUUCGCGUGCCAGACGACGUAUGACUUCACCGGGUUCGGGCCCUACUUGGUAUAGUUUAGGUUUACCUGUUCCUGGUACAACUUGUGAUGCGAAGUCUGUAAUGAGGAAGGGAUUCUGUCAUGCAAUAAAUUAUUGCCAUCUAAAACUACAUGAAAAAUAUUUCCACAAGCAAAAACCCCUAUACAACUCUCCAGUUCUGCGCCUUGAUGUGCCUGUGCCUGACCAGUUUCAUCCUGAUGUUCGUCCCGUACUCCCGGCCGGUCGAGAUCGUCUACUCGGGUUUGUCUGCGUUGCUGUUUUCCUUCUACAUCGUGUUCGACACGCAGAUGAUUGUGGGAGGGAAGCACCACCGCCACCGCUUUGCUGUGGACGAAUACUGCUUCGCCGCCCUGAAUCUGUACAUGGACAUUAUCAACCUCUUCCUGUAUCACAGGGAAAAGUGUUAUUAACGUUAACGAAAUUUGUCAUGCAGUAAUGCACCACAAAAGGUGCCCCCCAAAUUUAUCAUGCGUAGCAUGCUCACGAGGCAAAAAUUGUCAUGCGUGGCUGCAUUCUGUGAAAACCGUUAACGUUGGCACUUUUUUGCUUGAUAUGCUGCACAUCUUGCGCAUCAUGGGGGAGCGACGGUAAACAGAUCAACAGUAAUACGGAGCAGGACCACUACGCAGCAACAAUUCACAACUACUUGAAGAUGUUGAACGCUCAAGAACUAGUACAAGUGCGCUUUCCAUCUUCCCGCCCUCUCAGGAGUAGUAGAAACUCAACUAAAAGAACCACAAGCAAUACAACGAACGGCCGCAAUAACGCCACUCCAUCAAUACCUACGAAUACGAUUCGACUAUACCAAUCUACCCCCACCUCAACAAGCUUCUGAGCUUGAAAUCAACAAAUACGAGAAGUAGCCGACGGCGCAAGAAAUAAUGCGGGUAAGAACUAUCAGUAUCAGCUGCACGUCGAUCUACUUCUGCCGACUAUACUCUAACAUCAAGUAGAUGGCGACCACGGUCAGACGAAUGCCUGCGCGUGCGCACCAGUCGCGGUUUUCAACUACAAACGAAGAACUUUUUGGUUUAAUUGUUCCCUUGAGCUACUACUACCUCUAACUCUAUCGUACAAGAACGCCGUUUAUUACAACAAGUACAAGCCACUUUGAUGUAGUUCCGACAAGCUCGUCCUCGGCCAGGCAUUGCCGUGGUCACGCAUCAUCGAAAUUAAAUCUUGAACUGCGCCGUCAAACUAAAGUGUACAAAAUUGAUCCGAGGAUGAAAAUUUGAUUCAGCAGGUGGGACAAAUAACCUCAACCUACUUUCGAUGAAAGGGACACGACCAGCCAGAACGUCCACAGAUGAUAGAUUUUGAGAAAUCAUAAUUCUGCUGCGAUUGAAAAUCAUGAAUUGAACUGACGAGGAAAGCCCUUUUCUCCCGAGGGUACUUCUCGUCCACUUUUGUGGCUUUCUUCAUGUUGUGACGUUGAACUAGUGUUGGUAGCUUUGUUUUGCGCAAGAGAAAGUUUAUAAGGUUUCCACCUAAGAAAUCACGAAACUUGGACACCUGAUCAUGAUCAGCGUGCCUUUCAGCCAGG